CUGUAGACAAAAACAAAAAAACAAAAAACUUUUUAAAGUUAUACUACUUUGACUUCUCCAUUUGUCUUUUAUGCGAUCAUUUUGGCAUGAAAAUGAAUAAAUGCGUGUUUUAGUUAAUAGAAGCUGCAUAGAGACGCAGAUAAUCCCAGGCACUAGGACCCAGCAGGUGCAGCAUGGUGUUUCAGUGAUAUGCAGCURCUCUGUCCUGUCAGCAGAGCGCACUGUGCGCACCAGCGGGACGCGCAGUCAGUGARCAGCGGCUCCCCAUCCUGUAAACACAGCGCGGCCAAACCGGAYAGGGGUUUCAGUAUUGAAACAACCUGAGCAUCAUUCACCAUAUGGACUUUAGGAAAGACAGAAACUCACAAAUGUUGUUGUUUUUUCUACUCCCCUUCUCCGUUUGAAGUUGCCAGACACUUUUGUUGGGACAUGGCUUCAUCCGUGAGCGGCACAGAGGAGGUGCGGGUGUCGGGGCUGACGCCCCUGAAGUUUGUGGGACUGGUGUGCGUCUUCUUAGCGCUUUGCCUGGAUGUCGGGGCCAUCGUGAGCCCGGCGUGGGUCACGGCGGAGGACCAGUACUACCUGUCCAUGUGGGAGUCCUGCUGGAAGCCCGUCAGCUCCGUGGACUGGUCCUGCAGCAGCACGCUGGCCGCCGACUGGCAGAUCGCCACGCUGGCCCUGCUGCUUGGAGGAGCAGCCCUCACCCUGCUGUCCUUCCUGGUGGCUCUGGUCUCCCUCUGCUUCGGCUCCAGGAGUCGCUGYUACAAACCCGUGGCCGUCAUGCUUUUCUCCGCAGUGGUUCUUCAGGUCUGCAGCUUGGUCCUGUUCCCAAUCAAGUUCAUAGAAACAGUCAGUCUGAGGGUGUACCACGAGUUCAACUGGGGCUACGGCCUGGCCUGGGGAUCCACCAUCUUCUCUUUCGGAGGCGCCAUCCUCUACUGCCUGAACCCCAAGAACUAUGAAGAUUACUAUUGAAAAUGUCACAAAGGAGAAAAAAACCCCAGUGUUUUCAUGCUGUCGUUUGAUGAACGUUCUCUGUCCCACAGUGCACAACCACAGACUGGAAAACAAGAAAAAACAAAACGCUUGUUGAUGGUGUUUGUACUAAACUCUUCUGUUUGAUGCUGUGGACUCCCAAACUGGACAGAUGCCCAUGAGUUUUAUUAAUAGGCUAAACCACAAAUCCAAAGCAGCAAUUCAAACCCAGCCAGAAGACAUUUUGAGAGAUAAUGUCACUAAUCGGAUAAUUAUGUGCAGCUCAUGUGGGUCGUAGAUUUGAGCAGAAAAUYUGGUACAGUGGAAUAAUAAAGUAGUCUGCGGUGAUUUCAGGCCAGCGUAGGGAGGAAGAYGUCCUGCUCAAGUUAUAUCCUGGUGAUGACAAAGCGAGGAAGACAGGGUAACAUUUUACAUUUCCCCAGAGAUGCUCCCAGCUGGACCUUGAACAACCUUUUCUUCCCUUUCUACAUAAAUGGAAAAAGGGAUCAUGGAGCAUUAUUUUAUCUUCUUCUCUUAAAACUCAUAGUAAUUAAGGGCUAUUUUAACAGAUAAAACAUUCCACAGACACCUACUGAUUAUAUGAUUYUAGUCAGAGAAACAUAUGCUGGGUUAUUAUUAGCACAAGCAAUCACCAGUGGCAGUGGCAAUUUUCCAAUACAAUAUUGGUCACAGAUAUUUUUUUAAAAAUAUAUCUGUUGUACUAUAUGUAAAUAUAAUCAAAAAGUAUGCAAUCCUAGAAGAAGAGUGGGAAUUAAAAUGGCAAAUGACCAUGCUUGCUGAGUGUAUACAUGUCUGAAUCAGGGGUGUCCAAACAGCAAUUUAUGGCCCCUGAAAACAAUUCAAGAAUUGCUCAAAUUUGACCCAGUGAUUCAGACACUUGAUGCAGACGUUACACUUUGUAAAAAAAA